AUGGCUGAUUCCUCUGUGGCCGCCAACGGCAACUCUCUUCUUGAGACCACAAAGACCAACGCCGCCGCCGCGUACCAAUCUGUUGCCAAUGGCCCCGUUGCUCAGAAUGUCUACGACCACACUCAGAAGGCUUCCAACGAGUUGUCCAACCUCGCUGCUUCCCGACGCACUCCUGCGACUCCCGCUGCCACUGGUCAGCCUCUGACUCACUACCACUCCUUCUUCUCCGAGCUCCUGUCAUGGAACAACCCUCGCGCAUCUGCCAUCGCAUACGGUACUAUUAUCUCUGCUAUUUUCGCAGCCCGCUACUUGGAUGUUCUCCGAUGGACCCUCAAGACUUCGUGGAUGGUCCUUGGUGUAACCAUCCUCGCUGAGGUCCUCGGCAAGGUCGUCCUUAACAACGGUCUGGCCACCCAGGUUCGCCCUCGACGAUACUACACAGUUCCCCGUGAGACUCUGGACGCCCUUAUUGGGGACGUUCACGAGCUCAUUAACUUCUUCGUCAUUGAGGCUCAGCGAAUCAUCUUUGCCGAGAACGUCGCUGCUUCCGCCGCCGCUUUCGUUUCUGCUUUCAUCUCUUACUACCUUGUUAAGCUCGUUCCCCUCUGGGGACUUGCCCUCAUUGGUACUACCGUUGCCUUUGUUGUGCCUUUGAUCUACACCUCUAACCAGGAGCUCAUCGAUGAGCAAAUUCACCACGCUUCCGAGCUCAUCAACACCCAGACUGCCCAGAUCCAGAGCGUUGCUUCCAAGCAGAUGGAGCAGGUUUCCAACAUCAGCAAGCAGUACGUCGGCGACUACAGCGGCAAGGUCCAGGACCUCCUCCAGGGAAAGACUCCUUCUCGCCAGAAGAUCGACAUGCCUCAAAACUCUAACUCUGCUAUCCCCGCUAAGCAGCCUCAGUUUCCCACUGCUCCCACUGACGAGCCCAUUAAGGCAGACCCUCCUCAGAUCCCCACUCCUGCCGCUUUGAGGGAGGAGCUGAAGGAGCCUACCGCUAUCGAUACCGCUGCCCCUGAGCUCCCCCAAGAGGAUGUUGUCCCCGCCAAGGAGCCCAUGCUCGCUUCCUAA